GAAGAUGGACACUGCUGUGUUAAACCUACACAGCUUGUUUGACAAUCUGCGGUCUCAUGUUGACAUACUCAAUGAGAGCAUUGAACCCCGUAAGUAAUUAAUAUUUCAUUUGAUUUGACAUGGAGAUUAAUAAUAUAGACAAUGCUGGACAAGAUGUAUUCAACGCUACCACACCUUAUUCUGCAUCUUCUCUUAUCAGAGUUCAUCCAGAUGGCCCUCAACUUUGAGGACUGCCGUCGUAGAUGGCUCAGGUUUGAGCAGGACCUGGGGUCCUGCAAGGAAGUGCUUGCCAAGGCAGAAACGGAGAGGGGAGCCCUGGAAGUUAAACUCAAGCAUGCUCGCAAUCAAGUCGACGUGGAGAUCCGCCGGCGCCAGAAGGCAGAGGCUGACUGUGAGAAGUUGGUGUGUAUGCACAGACAGUCCGUUUCUUCAUAUUUUGCCUUCACUGGUAGCCUCAGACUGGUUCACUCUUCUCUGAAGAAACUGUUGAAUGGCUUUAUAUAACUCCUCUCACCUCCUCCGUUCUCCCUGUGCUCUGCUGUGUUACAGGACCGCCAGAUUCAGCUGAUUCGGGAGCUUCUGAUCACUGAGGGCUCCAGCAACAGCAUCCAGCUGAAUGAAGAGCAGCGUUCUGCUCUGGCUUUCCUCAACGCUCGAUCUCAGGCAGCACCAGCCAACCUUAACACCAGCAGAAGGUAAGGAUCCCCUGCUAGUGCCUUUGCUCCUCUUCCUGAGUUGGAAAGCUUAUCAAAGCCUUUUCUGUUAACAUAUCAGCAUCUGAAGUGUUACAGAAAAGUUACAGCAUUUCAUUUUGUUUUCCGUAGAUUGCAGACCAUUGACGAGUCUGCCUCCAUUUUAUCAGACAUCAGCUAUGAUAAAACAGAUGACUCUCUGGUAAGCUUGUAUCUUUUUCUUGUUUAAAUGCUUGAGCCUCUGAACCAUUAAGUAUAUUACUCAUAGCCAAACCAUUAGCAGGGAGAAUGGCUAAGACAACCAAUACAGUAUGUAAUUGAGAUGAUAAUUUGCUAUAUACACUACAUGACCAAAAGAAUGUGGACACCUGCUCGUCGAACCUCUCAUUCCAAAAUCAUGGGCAUUAAUAUGUAGUUGGUCCCCCCUUUGCUGCUAUAGCAGCCUCCACUUUUCUGGGAAGGCUUUCCACUAGAUGUUGGAACAUUGCUGCAGGGACUUACUUCCAUUCAGCCACAAGAGCAUUAGUGAGGUCGGGCACUGAUGUUGGGCGAUUAGGCCUGGCUCGCAGUUGGCGUUACAAUUCAUCCCAAAGGUGUUCGAUGGGGUUGAGGUCAGGGCACUGUGCACGCCAGUCAAGUUCUUCCUCACUGAUCUCGACAAACCAUUUCUGUAUGGACCUCGCUUUGUGCACGGGGGCAUUGUCAUGCUGAAACAGGAAAGGGCCUUCCCCAAAUGGUUGCCACAAAGUUGGAAGCACAGAAUCGUCUAGAAUGUCAUUGUAUGCUGUAGCAUUAAGAUUUCCCUUCACUGGAACUAAGGGGCCUAGCCCGAACCAUGAAAAACAGCCCCAGACCAUUAUUCCUCCUCCACCAAACUUUACAGUUGGCACUAUGCAUUGGAGUAGGUAGCAUUCUCCUGGCAUCCGCCAAACCCAGAUUCCUCCGUCCGACUGCCAGAUGGUGAAGUGUGAUUCAUCACUCCAGAGAACGCGUUUCCACUGCUCCAGAGUCCAAUGGCGGCGGGUUUUACACCACUCCAGCCAACGCUUGGCAUUGCACAUGGUGAUCUUAGGCUUGUGUACAGCUGCUUGGCCAUGGAAACCCAUUUCAUGAAGCUCCCGACAAACAGUUCUUGUGCUGACGUUGCAGUUUGGAACUCGGAAGUGAGUGUUGCAACCGAGAACAGAUUAUUUUUGCGAGCUUUAGCACAUGGCGGUCCCGUUCUGUGAGCUUGUGUGGCCUACCACUUCGCGUCUGAGCCGUUGUUGCUCCUAGAUGUUUCCACUUCACAAUAACCGGUGCAGCUCUAGCAGGGCAGAAAUUUGACGAACUGACUUGUUGGAAAGGUGGCAUUCUAUGACGGUGCCACGUUGAAAGUCACUGAGCUCUUCAGUAAGGCCAUUCUACUGCCAAUGUUUGUCUAUAGAGAUUGCAUGGCUGUGUGUCCGAUUUUAUACACCUGUCAGCAACGGGUGUGUCUGAAAUAGCCGAAUCCACUAAUUUGAAGGGGUGUCCACAUACUUUUGUAUAUAUAGGGUAUUUGCAUUAAUGAACCUGGUCCGUUUGUUUGAUUAUCCAUUCCAGGACUGGGACUCAUCCAUCGUGAGAACUAUGCGACUGAAGAAACGUGAAAAACGGGUAAACAAAGUUUAUUGGAUGAAAAAUAUUUGCCAAUCAUUUCUUGAAUGUGUGAAUGAAGGUGUGUGGUUUUUAACAUUUGACCUCUUCAUUACAGUGCUCUGCCUCCAGAAAUGUAAUUGACGGCCCCCCAAGUGCUUCCAAGAGGUCUCGAUCAACAGGCAGAACUUCUGAGAUGGUAAAGAUUUUUGUUUAAUUUCUAUAGAUAACUGAGAGCUGUUGAGGUUUACAGUGACUUGACUGAUGUUAUGCUUAAUGGUCGUAGGGAAAUGAGUCUCUUGUGGCCAAGACCACAGUGACUGUGCCUGCUGACGGAGGACCCAUCGAAGCCGUCUCUACUAUUGAGGCUGUUCCCUACUGGACUCGGAGCAGGAGAAAGACUGGUAAGAGCUCUUACUCAUUUACUGUAGAUUUGAUCAAUGGAAGAUUGUAUCUUACUCUGAGUUUGUUAGUAUUGUAUGUUGAAGCAUGAUAGGAUAUUCAUUUGGAAAGAAGCAUGCAGCUAGACUAUAUUAAUUGAUCCUUGACAAUGUGACAAAUGUAUGUUCAUAACUCAUCAGAACUGCAUUUUCAGACUCUGAUCUGUAUUUGACCUCAGACCUUUCUCUCGCUCACACUCUCUCUCCUGUUCAGCUACACUGGAGUGGGACUCUGAGUCAGUCAAGUCUGAGGAUGUCAUGCCCAAACAGCCCAACCGGCCAGAGAGCGACAGCAGGCCUCAGGAACCCAGCACACCCCAGGGCAACGGGGGUGUCCGUAAUCACGAAUUUGUCUCCAAAACGGUAGGAAUGUAAUUUGUUUUCAGGCAGAGAUGGUUAGUACAUGAGUGACUUGAGAUGAAUUUAGCAAGGCCGAAAAUGUUGCUUUGGUUCUUAUUUUAGAGUUAAAAGCUUUGUUCUACCGCCUGCCCAGGUAAUCAAGCCUGAGUCGUGUGUGCCUUGUGGCAAGAGGAUCAAGUUUGGGAAGAUCUCCCUGAAGUGCCGUGACUGCAGAGUGGUCACCCACUCAGAGUGUCGUGAACGCUGUCCCCUGCCAUGCAUCCCCAUCCUGGGUGGCACGCCUGUCAAAAUUGGAGAGGUAAGGGAAAAUUCAUUUAUGUACUUCUCCACUUAUAUUCCAAUACUUUAAUUCUGAUGUAAAUCUGUUUUUCUUUAAAUAUCUCAUGAGUUUAGUUCAAUGGGAUAAACAUUAUCUCUUUUACUUUUAUUUCCUUCCUAGGGCACUCUUGCAGACUAUGUCUCCCAUGUCCAAUCUCCCAUGAUUCCCUCUCUGGUGGUGCACUGCGUCAGUGAGAUUGAGCAGAGGGGCCUACAUGAGGUGAGUGUUUUUGUCUCAAUCUCACUGGGCUGAAUCAUUGCUGCCUUUUAUGGCUUAGUUUAUACAGUAAUAUUAUAGCUUUGACAUCUCUACUGUGUUUAUCGCUUUAUAAAGCUUUAACAGCCUCUAUAAAUGAUCCCAGUUUCAACAUGCUCUUUUCUCUCCCAGACCGGCCUCUAUCGGCUGUCUGGUUCUGACCGCACAGUGAAGGAACUGAAGGAGAAGUUCCUGCGUGGGAAGACUGUCCCGCUGCUCAGCAAGGUGGAAGAUAUCCACUGCAUCACUGGCCUCCUCAAGGACUUCCUCAGGAACCUCAAAGAGCCCCUCCUCACUUUCCGCCUCAACCGCACCUUCAUGGAGGCUGCAGGUGGGUAUUGGCUCUAUAGAGAUUAAACAAUAUAACUUUAUCAAUCUCUGUGGUUAGUUUGGCCAGUGGUUGACUAGUUGACUGAAUAAGGGUGUCUUGUGGUCGCUUUGCAUAGCCAUUUUGUCUUGGGGCACGCUGAAUGUUUUGGUUAGUAAUAGUCAAUGUGGAAUUUUUCAGUGUUCCUUCAUAAUAUUCUUAGCCACCAAUAACUAUAGUUACUAAGUCCCUGCAAUGUUACAUUCUUCCUCUGCAGUAAAACACUUUAUUUUUCUACAACUCAACUUCUGUGAUCUCUACUGACAUUCAACUCUUUGACCUCAGAGCUUGUGGAUGAGGAUAACAGCAUUGCCCUGAUGUACCAGACCAUCAGUGACCUGCCACAGGCCAACAGAGACACCCUGGCCUUCAUGGCCAUUCAUCUCCAGAGGUGAGCCUCUGCUGUGCAUUUAACUAUGAGCUCUGCUUGCUCACUUAAUUGUAUAUGAACAGGGCCUUUCUUGACAUGUCUUGUAGAAAGAGGCCAUGCUUGUUGCACUCUGUGACACUAAAGUAUGUUUUUCCAUACAUGGGCUCCUUAUUGACCACCAUUAACUUUUUCAGGGUCGCCCAAAGCCUGGGCACUAAGAUGGACAUCACCAACCUGGCACGGGUGUUUGGGCCUACUAUUGUUGGCCAUGCAGUGCCUGACCCAGAGCCCAUGGCAAUACUGCAGGACACCAAACGCCAGCCCAAGGUAAGACUCGUUACAACAACACAGCUCUUGGUUUAACUGGUAGUAUUUCUUCACAAAAACACAUGGGCUGCAAAAAUGACAUGAUGACCAUUUUUAUAUAGUCUUGCAAGUUGUUUGAUCUGUUUAGCUUCCGCUUGAAAGAGGAUGAGGCAAUAGGCUGUAAUUCGUUUAAAUUCAAUACAUUUGUAUUUUUCCCCUCAGGAGUCAUUUAUAGUAGCUAAUGUUUUUAUAUUAUUACCCAGGUUAUUGAGCGUCUGCUGGGCAUGCCGGUGGAGUACUGGAGCCAGUUCAUGAUGGUGGACCAUGACCAGCCGCAUCCUGAUCACAUGAUCAUCGAGAACGCUAAUUGUUAUACCCCUGACCAGAAAGGUGAGCGAGUGCAUGAUUCUAGCAAAGCGUUAUCUUGGCAACCCAAAACCAAAUCUCUAUUAGGUUCAUGUGUUAUUAUAUUGAAGAUUUAAGGAAAGUAUUGUUAUUAUUUAUAAGAACUAAUACAAAUAUACAGGUUGGUAACUAACUGUGGUGAUGUGACUAAUGUUGACUGUGUUAAUAUUGUUCCAGUGAGCAUGCUGGGUCCCCUCACCACUCCAGAGCACCACCAGAUGAACAAAACCCCGUCCUCCAGCUCCCUGGGUCAACGCAUGAGGUCCACCCUGAGCAAGACGACACCCAAGUAAGCACUCUGUCCUGUCAUGCAUUUUACUUAUUCAGCAUUUGUGUUGUAGUAGGUCACUGCAAUGUGUAUGAAGAUCCUGUCUGAAGGACUUGGUUUAUCACUAGUCUCGACGCAAACACCAUUGGUCUACAAAACUGACAGGCUUGAGUACAUUUUUCCCAAAUUAUCAGAUUGUAAAGGUGGAUGACAUGAGUAAAUCUUUCACCAAAGUCUUAUUACACUUUCUUAUAACUUUGGUUUCUGUUGGCUAAUAAUGCCUGACUAAUGCUGUGUUGUAACUUUCAGAUUUGGGAGUAAGAGCAAGUCUGCCGUGGUAGUGGGAUUCACCAGUCGCCCAGGAAACUUCUUUGCAUCGCCGCUCCUCAAGUAAUCCAAAGCAGCCACAGGGCAGCUCGGUUCACCUAAUGGGAAAUAACUGCAAUACCUAGCAAUAGAUUGAUUUUAACUUUUUUAUUUUAUACAAUUUUACAGAAGACUGAGACAGUAAUGCUUCCACAGACACUGUAAACACUUAUUUUAUGUGUUUUAUAUUUCAAAAUGGUAUGGUUUUUAUGUGUGUAACAGGAUAUUUUUCCAACCAAAAGGGAAAGUCUCUUCUGGUGCUCUGAUAAAAAAAUAAAAAAAAAGCUCUAAAUCAAGAUUUAACAACCUCGGGCAAUGAAACCUACUAGGUUUGUAGAUGCAAUGUUUUCUUCAGAAUCUUUCUGUGAUUUAUUUACAAAGGAAAUGUUGAACAUUGGUUGAGAAUGCGCAUGUCUGAAUUUAGGCGGGUGAUUUUCUUAGAAAAAAGGUUGAUCUUAUAUUUAUAUAUUUAACUUGCACAUCACCAGUUAGAAAACAACUUUGCAUAGAGCUUUUUAUGACCGGCUUGAAUAGAGUUACUGCAUAUGGCAUUCAUUUUUUUGAUGUUAUCUUUUCCUGUUUAUUUGUAUAAUCACCUUUGUAAUGUCUACAUGCUUAAGCAGUUUGAUUGUACAUGUUUAACUCCAUUUGUCUUUUACAUACUCAAGACUAGCCACAGUAUUGUAAUAUUAAUUCUGCAAAUUUGAUAAGAUGUCUGCAGCGUUCUUUGGCAAUAAUCAACUAACUUAGCGGUAACCAUGCAGCUGUAUGCUUGGUGACUUAAGCUCAUUUUGCAACUUGAUUAUACAUUUGAAAGAAAUUCACCUUUCCUUGUUUCCUUUCCUGAGUGUUCUAAAAAUAUAACUUACACUUCAAGUAGUCCUUGGACAUUGUGAUUAUUGGCCAAUAUGACUCUGGUCUUCAGUUUGACUUUCUCUUUAUGACCAUCUUUGUUUGCACGAUGGGAGGUUGGUUCUGGCUGUAAUGUUCUGCACCCGUAACUGCAUCGAAUACUUCAUCAGAGAACCCGAGUGUAGAAAUGGUGGCAUUUCAACAAGAAUGUCAAAUUUGCUUUGAUCAAAGCUUUUUGUGGACCAGUUGUUUUGUACAAGUACAUGAGUACACACUAUGUAUGUGAUUUGUAAAUACAGUAUACGGUACAUUUAAACUUGUCUUUGUCUCAUUAUUGCAUUUUCUGGUAUUGCUGAAAACAUGAACAAAAGCAUGACAGGUAAUU